GACAAGCCUUAUCAUACUUCAUCUGUAACUCGUUGAGUAGUACUUCGUUGAGGAUCGUUGCUCUACAGCUUGUGGUGAAAAUGAAGGCCGUGUACGUUGUUGCCCUCGGUGUCUGUCUUGUGGCGGUGGCUACGCAGGCAGCUCCUCAACUCUCACUUCAGUUCCCCACGCUGUACACGCUGCUGACACAGGCGACAGAUCUCAUCGGGAGAUUGGUAGCGCAAAUCACCACACUGGUCAACAAUGUUCUCCUCGUGGGAGGCUCCGCCGUGCAAUCGGUGCUUAGAACCGCUGUAACUCUGGUGUACAAUUUGGCCAACACCGCAUUAACACUCGUCACCGUUCCCACUAGUGUGCUGCCAACGGUCAAUACCUUGCUAAACAGCACGCUAACUCAGAUCCAAGGCAUCGUAGCCAAUGCCGGCACGACUCUUACCACUCUGGUGCCAGCGCUCGGUGGUGUGCAGACCGUUCUGCUCACGCUUGCCAACAAUCUGGCUGCCCUCAAUCAGGGUAGUUUGUCUACGCUCCAGACCGCGGUGACACAGCUGGCCAACUCGCUCGGCACUGUCGUCGGUCAAAUUUCGGGCUAAACGUAAGUGUCUGUCUACUAUAGCUUACAUGAGCGAGGUGUGUAUGAUCCUGGAACCGAGUUCCUAAUAAAGAUGUGCAAAUGUA